CCUAUAUGCCCCUCAAUGGUAAAAAAGGACAAUCGUAAAUCCUACAAAAGGCGAAACAGAGAGGGAUAUACGGGGUCCCUUUAACAAUACCUGGCCAGGUAACCAAGUACUGGUCUGGUCGGACUUGUGACAAUCGCCCGGUAGAUUUCGCGCCGAAAACAUCUAAAGAAUAAUCGAUCUGCGCCGUAUAUAAUAGUCAGCUUAGUUUAGAAUGCGUGAGGUCUUAAAAACUUUAUUUUUUCAAAAAGUUGACAGUUGCAUUUUUGACGUUUCCGGAAAGUGUGGUGUACAUCCUCGUAGUUAGUUGUCAUCUUUUUUUUUGGAUUUUGAUUGCACUUAUUUUGAUUCAAUAAAAAUGCUUAAGUGGACCAUCUUAACCCGUCGUGACUCCCAAGUAGAUUCAAAGGCCUGCAACCGCCUCUCACUUAACUUUCCCAGCACCGAAAGUCUGCCUCAUACCCCUCGUCAAAAAGGUAAACGAAGACGUUCCAGUACUUCUCGCAGGGCUAGUGCUCAAAAGCGUUGUAGUCUGGAUGCCCUGGAAGCUGAUAAAGAAAACCAAUUUCAUUCUACUCCAAUCAAAAACAAUUCCUUGGUUGAAGCAUUUAGUCCAUUUAAAGAUGUGAGCAACUUAACCCCUAGUAAGGAACAGUUUCGAAGGGUUCAAGAGAGUCCAAAAAUGAAGAUAAAAAAGAAAAAGGAGUGCUUGGAAAGCCACUACCUCCCUAAAAUAAGUAAUGAAACUAAUUAUUUUAAGCCCUUUGAAGCAGUAGACUCUCAUAUUGAAUCAAUCUUGGCUGAAGAUUUAUGUAGGUGCAACAAGAAAAAAUCUAAAGAGCCUUUAGUAGCAACUACUCCCAAAAUAUUUGCUUUUGGUAUAGCAAGUGGUUGUAAACCAACUAAAAAGCGAGAAGACACCCCACCUAGCAAAAAAAGCAAAGUUGAAUACAUCGACGCGUUAGUAGGAGCAACAGAAAAAGUAAGUUUGCCUGGAUAUAAAGUCAAUCUUCAAAAAAAGAAUAUGCUGGACGACGAAGUUAGGGUAUCGCCUCUAGUCAGAAAAUUCCUAGAUCUUAAGUUUAAUAAUGUAAGUAACGUCGAUAUGAAAGCCAACAACUCUUCCUUUAUCAAUGAUCUGUCAUUGGAUAGGCUUGUUGACGUGUUAAUAGAUAAUUCUCGAAGUGAUAAAAAUACUGAUAAUAUGUUACUUAACACUAGCAUGGUAGUCAACGUAGAUAAUAUAGACUUAGAAAAAGAAAAUGAUCAUAAUGAAACCAAAGAGGAUAAUAUUUUAAAUGCUGAGCAAGAGAGACAAUCAGAAGUAGUUUCUGAAGCAUCUUCUGAUUCAGGGUUUAAAAGUAGCACCAAUGAAAACUCGCAUCAAUUAGAUAGCAAUUAUUUAUGUAAAUGUAACAAUAAUAAUCUUAAUUAUUUAGAAGAAGAUAAUACUAUUAUCGAAGUUGACAAUACGUAUAAUGAGCGUUGUGUGGAUGUGGAAUUUUCUAGGAAAAGAUCAUCUUUCACCACAGAGGAAACUGAUGUUGCUAAACGAACAAAAAUAGAUGAUAGUUGCAAUCUUAAAAGACAGCGCUGUAUACGUAAAAGAAAAGUAGAGCAUUUCCGUAAGAAACUGAGUAGGAUAAAUAGUACCUUGGCAAAUUCAGAAACAGUAUCACCUUUUUGGUCUACUCAGAAGCAAUUUCCAAUAAGUGAUGAAGAUUCAUUUAGCUUUCCUUCAAAUGGUUUUGAAAUAGAAAAUACUCCUUUGAGAGGAUGUUAUCUUGAGAACAAAGAAAUUCUUGUUACUCCAUUACCAACUGUCAAUGUAAACCGUAAAAGUUCUACCAAGAUGAAGACACCAAUGGCACCAUUAAGUUUGGAAAGUAAAAGUGUAAAAACUCCAUUUGUAGAUACACCAAGUGAUACUAAUAGAACAAUAAGGAAAUGUUUGAAAUUCGAUUCGCCAAAAGUUAGUGAUUCGUCCAGUUUUGCAGAUAGUACUGUAAGGAGUGCCGUAUUAGAUAUAAGAGGGAGCGUAGACUUAAGGAUUUUUAGUAGCGGAGAUAAUAUAUAUGUAAAUGUGAUAAGGUGCCAUGAUUUGUACAGAGGCGAGGGGGAAACAAUAAACGCUUACGUUAAGGUCGCCAUAAGUGACAGUCUGCACUCCAGCAGAAAUAAAAAGAAGAAUGCCGUCUUGCAACGCACUCCGGUGCAGAGCGACUCUUCGAGGCCGAUUUUCAACCACACCUUCAAGUUUUCGAAACUACCUGCGUCUGAUGGCAAAAAAAGAAUACACGUCGAGGUUUGGCAUCGAGACCGGGCGAUGAUGUCUAGCGAAUUUCUAGGAUGUAUUUCCUUUGGUGUUGAGGAUGUUUGCAAUAAGGUUAUUGAAGGAUCCUACCGACUGCUCCCACAAUUAGAGGGGCGUAUAAGCAACGCACUGCUCAUCAAUGACUUGAACCCGCACGAAUCUCAGCUAGUCAACGACAUGGGGGAGAACAACCAGGAGGGCUGUUGCGGCAGCGAGAGUGUUAUUGAAGAGAUAGUGAGUCUGGAUGGGGUUGAAACUGAACUAAAAAGAUCAACGAACAAGGCAAUAUUAACGGAGCAACAAAAAUAUGCCGACGAACAUCUCUUCUUAAGAUAUCUGGAACUCGAUCCCCUGGAAGGGCCUGAAGCGAUUCCCGCUGCGAUGCAGAGAAAAGCUACCGGAAAUAAAUUUGGCAGAACCCCUUUUACGCAAACGAAAAGGUUAACGAGACCAGCGAAAUCGGGAUUUGGUUUUUCGGUGGUAUGGACACACCCUCCACGGAUCGAAAGGGUCGAAAGGGGCUUGCCGGCUGAAAAGGCGGGCAUAUUACCGGGAGACUACAUCAUUUUUGUGGAUAAGCAAAACGUGGUCAUGAUGCCCGAAAUUGAUAUACUUAAUCUUAUUAGAUCUUAUGGAAGUCAAUUAACCCUAGAAAUAUUUCGAAAGAAUCCCUCCCGAAAUGGCUCAGUACCCAGCGUCCAUCAGAAGUCCGCCACUAUUGUGACACCUAGUUCUUUGAAAACUGAUAGUAAUGUAAAUUUACCAAGUAGCACCACGGUCGGUGCAACUCUACGUAGGCCUUCGACCGUUUGCUCAACAAACACCGCCUCGGUAGAUUACCGCAGACGGAAAUUAAACCUUCCUCAAGUGACCUUCAGCUCAGAGAAGCCUACAAGUAGUCCUGAAGAAAGUAGAAAUCGCGCAAUCUAUCAACUAAUAGGAAAGGAACAGCAAUACGCUACCGCUUUACAAUUUGCAAUUACAAGGUUCGUUUCUGCCUUAGCAGAGCGAAGGGAUCUCCUAUCUCCUGCAGAACACAAGGCACUUUUUCAAAAUUGUGACGAACUUUUGCGAAUAACGGAGGAUAUUUUGGACCAUUUGGUUCAUGAAGAUGGAGAAAUGGACACUAGUAUGGUAACCAAAAUAUAUCGAUGUAAAUUACAUGAAAUAACAUCGUGUUAUAAGAAAUAUUGCUCGGGUAUUAAACGAGCGGACUGUGUGUUGGCUAACAAAAUGAAAAAUUGCAACUCAGACUUUGUUAGAUUUGUCCAAUGUCCAGCUAUUCCAAGAAGACGACCAGAUUUAACAACAUUUAUUCAUAAGCCCUUAGAACAUUAUAGAGAGAUUUUAAAACUACUAAUGUCGAUUCAAGGACACACCCCUGCAAAACAUGAAGAUUUUCCUGUGAUAAAUCAGAUAGUCCAUGAAAUGCAGGUAUCUUAUAGAGAAAUUACGUCUGAAGGUGGUUUAAUGGAGCCUUGUGGUGAAGGCAGACCUUUACUUUCUGUACAAGAUCUUGAAAAUAGAUUAGUUUUUACUAAAUGUAAGCCAUUCGUACUUAAUAAACCAGGCCGUCAAUGGAUCUUUGGUGGUGACCUCAGCAGAGUGGAAGGUCGCAACGUUCGCCAGUACUGGACCUUAUUAUUUAGCGAUCUUUUAUUAUUUGCCAAAGCAUCAAGGGAUCGAGUGCUAUUUAUCUCAGAAGAUCCCCUCCCUUUAGUGCAUAUUACUGAUAUGUAUUUUAAUAUUAGAAAAAAAGAUACAGAGUUUAGGAUAUCAAUUAACUCGGAUAUAAAAAAACAAGCAACGAGUCCUACGAUACAUUGUGGUCCAGAUUUGAGUAAAAUGCCUCGAAAAAACGCAAACAAAAAAACUGUGAUCCUGCGCGCGCCUUCGACUGAACUUAAAGCCGUGUGGCAAAAUUUGCUACAAAGGCAAAUCUUCCAGUUAAAUUCAGGCAUGGAUGGUAGCUCACUUAGUUCGCCCAUGGACUCGCCCGAAGUACCCAUCAACUCUUCAGUGGGAACCCUACAGUCCGUGGAAACCAGCUCAUACAGACGUCAGCCCCAACAUUUAGCGAAUGAGAGUCGUCAGAACAACAACGAUAUAUCGGAAACCAGUUACGCGAAAAAGCAAAUUGAAACGCUGAUCGAGCAUAAGUGCAAGCAAAUGGGAAAAAGCAGUUUUAAUGGAAAGUGCAACGCGGUCCACUUGGAGCAGUGGAUGAAGGGUCAGCUCGAUGUUGAUGAUCUAAACAGUCCCGUGGUGGAGCAUAUUGAGGAGGUGUGGACUGAGGAGAUGUUAAGAAAAAGGAGUGAAGAGCUACAGUUGAUUGAUUGCAAAGGAAAUGUCACUGCAAGUAUUGAAUCAAGACGCAGUGAAAGUGGCUGCGAAGAAAUUAUUUUAAGUGACCAAGAGGAGCAUAGUCCGUCCAAAAGUACUACGACCGAAAGUCAAGUAACUGUUAGAUCAAGUCCCUUAGUACCAGAAACCGUCCCAGUGUGUCGUCAGUGUCAUAAAAAUUGCCUUUCAAAUGUCCUCGCCAAUAGCAAGCUUAAUCAUCAUACACACAAAGACUGCAGUAGUAAUAAUCACAUCAAUUCACAGACAAUCCCAUCCAUAACUCCAACUAAAUCAAAUGAAAAUGAAAAUUGGCAACAGUUUGUGCUCUUGGGUUUAUGUACAAAUCCUGUGUCAAGUCUGGUAAAGUACGAUCCAUUUACAAAAACAGAAUUGACGGCUCCCUCGAUAUCUGUUGCGCCUCCAACUCCCGAAAACUCUGUCAAAAGUGGUCAAAAUAGUCUGCAUAAUGAAGUUAGUCAAAAUAAAGAAGAUUGUGUAAUGAUCGACAAACUCUCAACAAAUGCUUAUGAACAAGACAUCUCACCCGAUGAUUCCCCGCAAACUGAAGAGCCUCCCUAUCACUCGUUAAGUAGUUCUGCUUUAACAUUACGUAGAUUUGGAACAGUGUCAAGUUUAGAAAGGUUUGAAUCAGAAGAACAGGAUGACAACCAAACGGAGUUGUAUGAAAAUCAUUGCUCGUCAGAUGAGAGCGACAUUGAUGAUGAUUACUUGGGAAUUGACAAUGCGGCAUUUAAUCACUCUUCAAUAUUAAGUUGGACAGCAAAAGCUGGAAGUUAUGUUGCAGAAAAAAUGUCUUUUUUUGAAAAACUUGGAGAAGAUUAUCGAUCAGGUGGUGGAUUUUUUGACAGAUAUUUAAAAUCUUCUGAAGAUCGGGUAAAUGGCGAAGAAAACCAAGAAGAGGAAACGUCCGGUGGAACAUCUGGGGAAGAAAUAUGGGGAACACCAACGAGUGGUGAAGAUCUGGACGACACUGCUUAUUCGCCAAAUUAUGAUGGAAAGCUAUCGCCAAAUAAUGAAUCUUACUGCUCUGACACGAUGGAUGAUACCGAAAUAUUGAUGGACGACUUACUAAUGGCUCCUCCUAUAACUGGGGCAAUUCUUAGGGGUCUGCUUCCAAGAAGAACACUAGAACCUCUGAUUGAGGAAGAUUUUUCAGAUUCCACGUCAUCAACAUCAUCUUCUGAUCCUAUGUCGCCACAGUCUGGUUCUUCGGACCAGGGCAGCAUAAGUGGAAGUGCUGCUGACACAUGUUCUCGGGAUGUUGUCGAACUCGAACGAAGCGAACCGGACAAGGCCGAGUCCAAUCGAAAUCGGCCGAGCAGCAGGAGUGGAAGCGUCGCGACGACGACGACAACCACGACGUCACCGGAAGAGGAUGCGCACAAGUCGUGUCCUCCAUCGACCUCGGGCUGUCCGACAAACAGCCAGAGCCUGUCGUCGGAGUGGGAAGAAGCGCAGAGGGUAUGCGAAGGAGAAGGGGGAUGUUGCGCAGUAGUAAACGAUGUAACAGUACAGCCUUCUCCGAGUAUGCCACGGUCGGACAGCUACAGGAAAAUUGUAGAAGCGGCAGAAGAUGCCAUUUUGCAAACGACACCGAGCUUAGAUAACAUAGCGAGCAAAAUGGCGGACCCACUUCUGCUAUUUGGUCAUUUCCAGCCAGCGGCCAAGUUUGUGAAUAUAGAACGGGUGUCCAGAACUAAAAGUAUUAGGAUUUUUGAGUUUUUUAACGUAAGGAGAACAGAAAGGCGAAUUUACGAGAGGUAUCCGGAAAAUAGGCAAGUUAUGAAGAUGUAUGCAAAAGAAGACGUGGAAUCGGUUUCUGAAAGUUCUUCGCCAAGCAAAAUCUCGAAUAAGGAACAACGGGAUAGCAGAAAUGGUAGAUUCUGGAGACAGCUAAGGAGAAGACGUGUUGUGGAAAAAUCAACAAAUCCGGCCUAGUGUUUAGUGAAAAUUAUAAUAAAUAAUUUUAUAUUUUACAAAAUAUAUAAUAUUAAUUAGGAAUUACUAAUAUUUAGGUAGAUAAACUGUACUUCGUUGAGGCUUAGAGAAUCAAAACCUUUUAAAAGAGAAUUUUAAGGCUUUUUAAGGCCUAACCCAAUUACAAGCAUGUCAAAUUGUUGGAUGGGGUUCUAAUACAAUGCCAAGAUUUAUAAGUGCCACAGUUACAUAAACAAACAAGCCUUUUGUUGGGUAUUCUUAUGGUUAACUUAAAUAACGUAAGUAGAUGGUUUAAAAUAGGAAAAAUUACUAAUAAUAUAGAAUAGAUAUUUACAAUUUUUAGGUUAUAAUUAGAUAGUUUUCCAAGCUAUUAAAAAUUUUAAAAUUUUAUGGUAGAUGUAAUAUAAUUUUAACUUUUCUAAUUUUCUGCAAACUAAACUUAUGAUGGCCUUUUUAGAUUUUAAGCCACAUAAAAUUUUCUAAUAAUCAAAAUAAACAUCCAAUAACAAUACUCUCAUCAAAACAUCAUUAAUGUAUAAUGUUUAAUAUUUUUAACAAGUGAUACAGUGUAUCCUAAAAGAGGUCGGAGUAAGAAGAGGUCUCCCAAAUCUUUUUUCUGAAAAUCGUCUAGUUCUUAGUAGUAGCUUAACAGCAGAGAUAUCAUUAUUAAAUUCUCCUUUUAAUAUAAAUUUUAAGUAAUGCAAUAGUGUUUAAAUAGCAAUAGAGUUUGUUAAAAAGAAGAUGGUGAAACAUGCAUAACACCAUUCACCUGUAUGAUUUAUAGCCGGGAGUUUCAAAGCAAAUUUCUGCCAUUAUAUUAACAAUUCUAAUUCACUCUGAUUUUCAGUGUCACAUAAACAAACUUCUUAAAAUGUCCCAGUAAUAAAGUUCAGUUUACCACUGGGUGAUUCUCUUCCAAUCCAUUCAUUAUUAUCUUCAAAAUCUUAUCUUUCAAUUUAUUCAGUGACAAGGAGCCACCAUAUUGCAGGUAUUUAUUGCUUGGAUUGUCUAGUAAGCCGGAAGUAAGUGAUGUUGGAGAAAAUUUCAACAAUCCUUAUUGUUAAAUCGUUCUGAUAUCUAUCCAAAGAUUGGCUAAUACAUUGAUGGUGUAAACGAUAAUUUCAUUUAAUUAAAAAGGACAUUCGCAUUCGUUCUCGUCUCGACAAAGUAUUAUCUUUAGGAUCUAUAACGAUGGAGCAUGCCUGAAUCCCUUUUUUUAAGGCCAGUGGGCAGAAGUGCUUAUUCACGUGUCACAUGAUACUAUUUCAUAUCCGUUUUAAUUAUUUUUCAUAAUUAUCAUUUUUAUGUGAACGUCACCGUUGCUCACGAGGAAUGAUGUUUUCAGAUUUCACCAGUACAACGUGUUUUAUAUUUUCCUUCUUAUGCUGGAUUAUUAUAUAUUCUCUAUUCUUGUCAAUAAUUAGCUAAUAGUUAUUAUAAAAUAUAUUAUUUUAUAAAAAAGAAAUAUCUUCUCUUUUAUCUUCUUCUAUUAUCAUGACCACUUUUGAGAUACCUUGUAUCAGAGAUAGUAGAAAUCUUACAAAAAGGUCCAAGUUAAAGGUCCGAAUUCUCUGGAAGGUGAUGGGUAAAUACUUUACUUUUGUUUGCCUUAAAUAGCUUCACAAACUUACACAUUAGUCCCCUUUAACAAAAUUAUCAUAAUAUUUAAACGGAAAAAUUUUAUUUGGAUCGAUUAAAAAUAUUAAAAAAUUGCCUAUAAAUUUGUUAUAUUCUAUAAAUGGAAACGUCAUAUUUUCUUUUAUCUUAUAAACUUUAAAAUAUUACGUUUAGUGACGAUAAAUAACUUCCACUUUUGGUUUACAAAUGUUCAGAAAAAAUUAAAUUCCAUAAUAAUUCAUCAAAAUAUACUGAUAGUUUACAAAUAACUCAA